AUGUCUUACGGCGACAGAUACAAUAACGAAAAUGGUUCCGGUUACCGCGGCGGAAGAGACCGUGGUGGCCGUGAUGACCGCGGUGGCGACCGUGGCCGCAGAAAUGGUGGCUAUGAACGUCGUGAUGACCGUGGUGGUUUUGACCGCCGUGACGACCGUGGUGGAUAUGACCGCGGUGGAAACUUUGGCGACAAUCUGGAGAAGCAAGAAUGGGAUCUGGACUCACUGCCCAAGUUUGAAAAGAACUUUUACCACGAGCAACAGUCUGUUACUGAUCGCACCGACGCCGAGGUUGAUGCUUUUAGAAAUGAACAUCAGAUGACUGUUUACGGCAAGGACAUUCCCAAACCUGUUCUUACCUUUGACGAAGCUGGUUUCCCUGGCUAUGUCCUCAAGGGCAUUAAGGAGCAAGGUUUCGAUGCUCCCACAGCCAUUCAAUCCCAGGGUUGGCCCAUGGCUCUUUCUGGUCGUGAUGUUAUUGGUAUUGCGGCUACUGGUUCCGGUAAGACUCUUUCUUACUGCUUGCCUGCUAUUGUUCAUAUUAAUGCCCAGCCACUUCUUGCUCGUGGUGAUGGUCCCAUUGCCCUUGUGCUUGCUCCUACUCGUGAACUUGCUGUCCAGAUUCAGCAGGAAUGCAGCAAGUUUGGCCGCACCUCUUCCAUCCGCAAUACUUGUGUUUAUGGUGGUGUCCCACGUGGUCAGCAGAUUCGCGACUUGGCUCGUGGUGUUGAGAUUUGCAUUGCCACCCCUGGUCGUUUGAUUGAUAUGCUUGAGAGUGGCAAGACUAACUUGAAGCGUGUGACUUACCUUGUUUUGGACGAGGCUGAUCGCAUGUUGGAUAUGGGUUUUGAGCCUCAAAUUAGAAAGAUUGUUGACCAGAUUCGCCCUGAUCGUCAGACUCUGAUGUGGUCUGCCACUUGGCCCAAGGAGGUUCAGCGUCUUGCUCACGAUUACCUCAAGGACUAUAUCCAAGUCAAUGUUGGAUCUCUGGAACUUUCUGCCUCACACAAUAUUACACAGAUUGUGGAGGUUGUUAGCGAGUAUGAGAAGCGCGAGCGUAUGAGCAAGCACCUGGAAAAGGCCAUGGAAGACAAGUCUACCAAGUGUCUGAUUUUCACUGGCACCAAGAAGUCUGCAGAUGAGAUUACAAAGUACCUUCGACAAGAUGGCUGGCCCGCACUGGCCAUUCACGGUGACAAGUCCCAGGCAGAGCGUGACUGGGUUUUGGAUCAGUUUAGAACGGGCAAGUCCCCGAUCAUGGUUGCAACUGAUGUUGCUUCUCGUGGUAUUGAUGUUAAGGGUAUUAACUACGUUCUUAACUACGACUAUCCUUCCAACAGUGAAGAUUACGUCCACCGCAUUGGCCGUACCGGUCGUGCUGGAUCCAAGGGUACUGCCAUUACUCUGUUUACACAAGAGAACCAAAAACAAGCCCGCGACUUGCUGACAAUUCUCAAGGAAGCCAAGCAGGAAAUUGACCCCAAGCUUCAGGAAAUGGUGCGCUUUUCCAGAGGUGGUAAUGGCAACUCGAGAUAUGGUGGUGGCGGCAGAGGCCGUGGUGGUUACGGAAGAGGCUACAGCGGUGGUAAUGGCGGAUACGGUGGUGGUAACAACCGUCGUAAUAACUUUACCGGAUCUAAUAAUGAGCCUUUGACACGUUCUAGAUUUUAA